CCUAGAGCAUACCCUCCACCGCCGACUGGUCACGAUCUCAUGCGGCUGUUCCCGCCGCCGCCGCCGAGCCAGUUCUCUGAGCUCAAGGGUGGACCCACCAGCUACUAUUUCCAGCGCCAGGAGCGCGCUUUCUUCGCCCAGGCUGGUCGUGAACAGAUUCGCAUCCGCCUUGACGCCGAGUUCGCGCCGCGUCCGUCGCCGCCGACGGCCAACAUGCCUGCGCCUACGAGCAUGCCCUCGCGCAACUGGGCGCCUCCACAAGCGCCAGUCCACCCCCACCCAUCCCAUAUGCCACCCGCUCAUGUCGGCCCGCCCGCACCUGGACACGCCCAGGAUGACGACGACGACGAGUCGUGGAGGCGUCCGACGCCAUACAAUGAGCGCCGUCGUGCAGGGAAGCACACCAAGCGCACCGUCAGGCCAUAG